UUGAGUAACAAGAAUACCACGGAAUCCGGGCUUUCCAAGCUUACGUCACAGAUAUGUGAUCUGACUCUACAAAUGAAUUCUGCUGAAGACUAUGAUGCCAUCUUGAAUAAGGCAGAAGAGAGUACAUCUCUAAAAACAACAGUGGCAAGGCUCAAAGCUGAAAAUAGUGGUAUGAGAGAAAUAGUGGAGAGGUACAAAAGGCAAGCGAUCAAGCAUAGGGAAAGAGAAGAAAGCUUGUCGAUGUAUCGGUCUCAGUUUAGUGAUCAUCAGCAACAGCAAAGCGCGUUGCAAGAGAAGGUCGCAAGACUGAUGGAAGAAAGAGAUUCGGCCGUAGACCAAUUAUCAAUACUACAAAGGAAAAUGUCAGAGAUACAGCAUGUAACUGAAGAAUUUGAAGAGCUCAAAGAGUACGUAAAUGCUGUGGAAGAAACCAAUUCCAACCUUAUACAGCAUCAAAACAAUCGGCAAAAAAUUCAGUAUCACGUAAAGAUAAAGCAAGAAAACAAUGAUCUUCGGGCUGAAAACAGCGCUUUAAAGCUGCGACUGAAAGAUCAAAGCUAUGAAGAAGUAACAAGAAAAAAGAGGCGGUUUCCCUCUCUACCAUCGUCCCAGUAAACUGAUAAGGAACCUGUUAUGCCAUGUAUAUUCUGUAGAACUACCUAAGUAUUAUUAAACAUGUUAUCGUUGAGUUCUUAGAGCUGUAACGAUUCCUAUUUAUCUCCUAGAAUUUCAUAAUUGUACUUUAUGUCCUAAUAGCACUAUUUAAACAUUCAC